AUGCACAAAAAUUGGUUAGAGCGAGAUAAAGUGCCAUGUGAGCCAAGCUUGACUUUUCAUUACUUGACGACUUUUCUUUACUACCUCUCCAGGUCUGCUUUUUUGGGAUCAGUUUGUUACAGAGCAGGUGUACCUUAUUGGAACAUUUUGUCAGGCGGUGUGGAGGAUGGAGAAAACCCAGUCCCAUGGAAAGAUGUCUUUCAGUUUCCUGGCCCGUCAGCGCCGUUGUUACUUGAAGCUGGCACUCAGCAGGGUGAAGGACUUCCAAAAGAUUCAGCAAAGCCACCUGAUGAUACAGAUUUCUUGGAAGGUGCUUUUAUCAAGAGAAAUUCAGAUAAACAAAAAGCUACAAGAAAUAUGAAGAACAGCAAGAAAAAAGGCAAGGGCAAGGGUAGAAAGCAGUCACAUGCUUCAGAAAUAAAGAGUGAGCCAUCACCCACCAAACCUUCUUCCUCAUGCGCUGAUGCGGCCGGUGGUGAAGCCCUGGUGUCCUCGUCUAGCCAUGUUGCCGUUGGCAUACCACUGUUGGAGUUCAACACAUCCUCCAGCUCUCUGGUGACAGAACUACUUAUUUCUCCUGCUGUCAACAGUACAUCUAAUUCUACUAAUGAGAAGGAUCUAUCUUCUAGCAGCAAUGACGACUUCAAGAGUUUUGACAGCAUUACUUCAUAUUCCACUGCUGCUAGUUCAUCUGUCAAUGACUAUUAUACUGGUGGUAAUGCAUGGAACAACACCAUGUUGGGUGAUUAUGCUGGUAGCUUGUCGGAUGCGAGAAGUGAGCGGUCAUUGUCUGCAUCAGAAUGCAUAGCUUCACGAGGUUUUAUUAAUAAGACGCGUGGUGAAGGAAGCAAACCAAAUGAUCAUCGUCAAAGCCUCAGUUUAGCAAUCGGUCCUAGUGGUAGCCAAGAAGGCUCGCCUUGCAGAGAUUAUGCUAGUAAUGGUGAUGAUUUUCAGAAAGUAAUCUCCAGGAAAGAAGCACAGAAAAUCAAAAAGAUGCAACGUUUGGAAAAUCCGACCAUGACUGCUUCAAGACCUAUUAUAACGCGUGCACUUGUGCCAACAGCUCCACGCCCUGAGGUUAUUACAGUAGGACAUUACAUACAAGAUGAUUGCAUCAAUGGCAGAAAACCAAACCACAAAAUAAAGGGAAAAAACCAGAAGGGGCCUAGUUUGAGCAACGCGUCAAAAGCUCGUUACACUGAUGGAGAGAAUGUUCCUGGUAGCAGCAGAAUGCUUCUUAUAACAGUUGCUGGCAGGCAGGGGGCACUGAGUUCAACUUCUCGUCAUCAUGUCACCCGCCUAGAGGAUAUCGAGGAAACUAGUUCUCCAGGAUGUCUUCCCAUGGAAGGAGAGCUGAAAGCUCCUGUUGGCGGUGACACCGAACGCACAGAUUCUACAGCACCAUCUUCUGAUAAAACUUCGUCACUAGGUAAUCUGGCUAAUUCUUCAUGUGUUGAUAGGGAAGAACAGGAAAAAAGUAUGGCUCCAGUUGCAGUCGGUGGUGACACCGAAGGCACAGAUUCUACAGCAACAUCUUCUGAUAAUACCUCGUCACAGCUGGGUCAUCUGGCUAAUUCUUCAUGUGUUGAUAGGGAAGAAGAGAAAAAGAUAUGGCUCCAGUUGGUGGUGACACCAAAGACACAGAUUAUACAGCACCGUCGUCUUCUGAUAAUCAUCUGGCUAAUUCUUCAUCAUGUGUUGAUAGGGAACAACAGAAGAAAGCUAUGGCUCCAGUCGGUGGUGACAGUGACACCAAAGACACAGAUUCCAUAG